AUGGCUGGUGAAGACAUCUCAACGGAGAUGCUGGAUAAUCCAGAGCUAUAUGGGCUCCGCAGAUCAGGAAGAGCGACUAUUUCACAUCAGGCUCACUACUUUUCCGAUGAGGAUGAAGAAGAUAUGGUACCAACUACCAGGCGCAGCCGCAUAUCCAAAUCGCAAGCUGACGAUUCCGAGAACGACGCUGCAGACUUUAGUGAGGACGAAGACGAUCUGGAGGAGGAGGAAGAGGACGAUGAAGAUGGAAGCAUGGUUGAUGAUGACGAAGAAACUAUACAAAGAAAGCCAAAGGCUAAGAAAAGAGCCCCCAGUAGACCCAAGAAAACAAGCAAACCCAAAGACGAAGACAUUAUCUUGCCAACAAGAUUUUCAUCCCGGAAGGGCAAGUCAGUCAAUUAUAACAUUGACUACUCAGAUGAGGAUUUGUUGGAAUCAGAGUUGGAAGAAUCCACUAAUGACGAUGAUCUGGAUGAAGAACAGGACCUCAUAGAUUUGAAGAGCACUUCUGUCUCUCCCCAAAAUGAACGUGGCGUCGAUCUACUUAUUACGCACAGGCUAAAAUUGGACGCUGGAGAGUUCAAAGGUGUUCCAGAUUUGUCUAUGUGCAAGAACAACUAUGAAUUUUUAAUUAAAUGGACCGGCGAAUCACAUCUGCACAAUUCGUGGGAAAGCUAUGACGGAUUGAGUCAAGUCAAGGGAAUCAAAAAGGUCGAUAACUAUAUUAAACAGUUUAUUAUCCUUGAUAAGCAGAUUCGCGAGGAUCCCUACACAACAGCCGAGGAUUUAGAGGUGAUGGAUCUGGAACAAGAGCGUCGAUUAGACGAGUUCGAAGAAUACAAAAUACCUGAGCGCGUUAUAGACAGUGACAGAGUUGUUUUGGAUGAUGGCACUUCGCAACUGCAGUAUCUUGUCAAAUGGAGACGCCUCAAUUAUGAUGAAGCAACCUGGGAAAACGCUGGCGUUGUUGUUAAAUUGGCUCCAGAUCAAGUGAAACACUUUCAAAAUAGAGUAAACUCCAAGAUACUUCCGCAAUAUUCUAGCAACUAUGGACCAUCACGACCCAAGUUCGAAAAGCUAAACGAACAGCCUUCAUUCGUCAAAGGUGGAGAACUAAGGGAUUUUCAGCUGACCGGAAUCAACUGGAUGGCAUUUCUGUGGUCAAAAAAUGAUAACGGUAUACUCGCAGACGAAAUGGGGCUUGGGAAAACUGUACAGACUGUGGCAUUCAUUAGUUGGCUAAUUUACGCGCGUCGACAAAAUGGUCCACAUUUAGUUGUGGUACCUCUUUCGACCAUGCCAGCGUGGCAAGAAACAUUUGAGAAAUGGGCUCCAGACCUCAACUGCAUUUAUUUCAUGGGCAAUCAGAGAUCGAGAGAUGCGAUUCGCGAAAGUGAAUUUUACACCAAUCCCCAAGCCAAAACAAAAAAGCAUGCCAAGUUCAAUGUUCUUUUAACAACUUAUGAAUAUAUUUUGAAGGAUCGUGCCGAACUGAGCGCCAUGAAAUGGCAAUUCCUAGCAGUCGAUGAAGCUCAUAGGUUAAAGAACGCAGAAUCAUCAUUAUAUGAAUCUUUGAAUAGCUUUAAGGUUGCAAACCGUCUUCUGAUCACUGGUACACCGCUACAGAAUAAUAUAAAGGAGCUAGCUGCCUUAGUAAAUUUUCUCAUGCCAGGGAGAUUUACGAUUGAUCAAGAAAUUGAUUUUGAAAACCAAGAUGACAAUCAAGAAAAGUUUAUUAGAGAUCUCCAUAGUAGGCUCCAGCCCUUCAUUCUGAGGCGUUUGAAAAAAGAUGUCGAAAAGUCUUUGCCUUCUAAGACAGAACGCAUACUGAGAGUUGAACUGUCAGACGUACAAACAGAUUAUUACAAAAACAUUUUAACGAAGAACUACAGUGCGCUUUCAGCGGGCUCCAAAGGCGUCCAUUUUUCACUUUUGAAUAUCAUGAACGAGCUAAAAAAGGCUUCUAACCACCCAUAUCUAUUUGAUACUGCCGAGGAUAAGGUUUUAGCGAAAUUUGGAGACGGUAAAAUGUCACGCGAAAAUAUUCUACGUGGCCUUAUCAUGUCUUCCGGUAAAAUGGUGCUUCUGGACCAGCUUCUAACGAGACUAAAGAAGGAUGGACACCGUGUUUUAAUAUUUUCGCAAAUGGUUCGGAUGCUAGAUAUUUUGGGCGACUAUCUAAACAUCAAGGGAGUGAAUUAUCAAAGAUUAGACGGUACUGUACCAUCUGCUCAGAGGCGUAUCUCUAUUGAUCACUUCAAUUCUCCUGAUUCCAGUGACUUUGUGUUUCUGCUUUCAACAAGAGCCGGUGGGUUAGGCAUCAAUUUGAUGACUGCUGACACAGUUAUCAUAUUUGAUUCAGACUGGAAUCCACAAGCUGAUUUGCAAGCCAUGGCCCGUGCUCAUCGUAUCGGACAAAAAAAUCAUGUCAUGGUUUACCGAUUUGUUUCCAAAGAUACGGUAGAAGAAGAGGUUUUAGAACGGGCUCGGAAAAAAAUGAUUUUAGAGUAUGCUAUCAUUUCCCUAGGUGUUACGGAUGGGAAUAAUUACUCUCAAAAUAAAAAAACUGAGCCAUCGGCCGGGGAGCUCUCAGAAAUCUUGAAAUUUGGCGCAGGAAACAUGUUCAAAGCCACAGAUAAUCAGAAAAAGCUUGAAGAUCUCAAGCUUGACGACGUACUUAAUCACGCAGAGGACCAUGUUACUACGCCAGACUUAGGAGAAUCACACCUAGGUGGUGAGGAAUUUUUAAGGCAGUUCGAGGUCACAGAUUACAAGGCGGACGUAGAUUGGGACGACAUCAUCCCUGAGGAGGAAUUAAAGAAGUUGAAGGAUGAAGAGCAAAAACGGAAGGACGAAGAGUAUGUUCAGGAACAAUUGCAACUAAUGAAUAGAAGAAACAAUGCUCUCAAUAGAAUCAGAGCUAAUGUGAAUGGAGCUGGAACUAAAGAUGAAGAUGACGAAGAUGAAUCACGCAGGGCUAAACGGAAGACAAAAACCAGUAACUUGGACUCUUUUGGGGAAAGAGAGAUACGUGCCAUAUACAAAUGUAUUUUGCGGUAUGGAAAUUUGGAGGACAAGUUCGAAGAACUUAUUGGUGAUGGAUCACUGCCCAUGAAGACUAUUGAAGGAUACACGAGGAUUUAUCGAGAGAUGACCUCAGCAGCUCGGAAGGUCUUCAGAUAUGAGGAUGAGAAGCGUACAGAAAUGUUUAACACCUUAGAGACCAAUGCCAAAUUGUACAAAGAAAAGCUUAAGGCCAGUGGAAAACAAUUAGAUGAGAAAGACAAAUCCAGUCCAGUUGCAAAGCUUGCGGCAAAGAGAAAGGAGAAGAAAGCCAUACUUUUUGAGUUUUAUGACGUUAAGUCAUUAAAUGCAGAAACAGUUUUAUCUAGGCCUGAGGAAAUGCAGUUUUUAGCAGCCUUUUUGCGUAAGAACUAUCCGGAUGAUAAUCUGAAGUUCAGAUUCGUCAAUAAGGCUCCGAAACCCGUAGCAAACUGGAGCUGUACGUGGACUAAGGAGGAUGACGAAAAAUUGAUGGUGGGCAUCAAUAAAUACGGAUAUGGAUCAUGGGCUCAAAUCCGAGACGAUCCUUUCCUAGGUCUUUCAAACAAAAUCUUCUUGAAUGAGCCACAAGGCUCUACUCCAAAACCUGGUGCAGGUUCUGAAAGUGGUCCGGGUGGCAAGAAAGAUAAGAGCAGCGGGGCAGGUGGGUCGAAAAAAGUUCCAGGCUCGGUCCACUUGGGAAGAAGAGUGGAUUACCUUUUUGCAGCACUGCGUGACGAAAUUAAGCCUCUCACCCCAUCGGGAGCGAAUAGCGGGAGCUCGACACCUUCCGGACAGUCGUCUGCUAACUCAAAGAAACGUGCCAGAAAGCCCACAGGAAGUAGGGCCGGUACCCCGGAUAACAAGAAGGAAGAUUCUCGUCCAGGGCCAACAAAGAGAGCCAAAAAAGUUGAUGAUGGCCACGGAAGUCCUCCCACCCUAAGCGGCUCUGCAAAAAAACAGCAAUCUAACAAGGACUCUGUAAAUGCUCAUGGUAAACAUUCGCCUCCUGACAAGGAAUAUGAAAGUAUGGAAGAAAUGGAGUGUAAACACACAAUGCAGGCUAUGAGAAACUCCUUCAAAAACUUGAGUCGCGGCGGUAAAGGUCUGGAUAGAAAAGAAUGGGCGCGUAUACUAAAAACGGAGCUGAAGGCAAUUGGUGAUCACAUUGAAAGUAAUAAAAAAGCAUCUAAAAAUCAUGCACCAGAGAAGUUCCGUAAACAUUUGUGGGCCUUCAGCGCUCACUACUGGCCUGCAAAAGUCAAGAGCUCAAAGCUUUUGGCGAUGUACGACAAGAUUCUUGCUACAAAUGGUCAAUAA